AGAAAAACAAUUCUUGAUCAAUUUAUAUAUAAAUAUUCAUUAUAUAAUUAAAGUAGAAUGAUAAUAAUUAACCAUUAACUAUGAAAUCAUUAUGUAUAUUGUGUUUACUUAUUUCAUUAGUAUUCUGUAUGGAUAAUGUAAUGGAAGAUUCUACACAACAGUUACAAGUUCAAAAGGAUCUUAGAAGACGAAGUCAACCAAAUCUUUAUCAGUGUAUGGCAUGCGUAUCCGGUGUUGAACAAGCCAAAAAUAUAAUUAUAAGUUCAUCAGCAAAUGUAUCAAUCAGUGGUAUAAUUACAAAUGUUUGCAUGGGAACUGGUCCAUUUAAUACCUCAUGUGGAAUGUUUGUGAAUGGACUUUUGUCAAAUAUCUUUUAUAUAAUCCAGGAAGUGAUACCAUAUGAUUUGUGUGCUACAUUAGAUUUUUGUGAUCACCCACCUGAGAUAUCUGUUUGUGAAUAUUGCCUUAAAUCUGGACUUUCAAUCAAAUCAAUAUUAUUGUCGGAAACUUUUGUAUCCGAGUUAUAUAAUAAUACAUUAAAUAUGUGUAAUACACAACGCAAUCAAUCACUCAUUUGUGGUCCAUUCCUACAUGAUUUGUUCUUGGCAGUAACAUUAAGCUUCAAUAAACAAUUUCUUAUACAACGCCUUUGUCAGAAUGCUGGAUUUUGUUCAAAAGUAUAACACUUUCAAUAUGGAUGAAUAACAUUUCCUAAUAUAAUCGACUAUAAUAUGAAAUACUGAUUAUUUUUCUGAUUACUAAACAAAUAUACUGUUGAAAUGUAAAC